AUGGCGGGCAAUGGCACACCCAAUGCCCAAUUCCUGGCCCCCCCAGCGGUGACGGCUUUGAGGCAGGAGGCCCGGGGGAUCGAUCCCAAAUUCCCAUCCAUGGCUCGUUCCUUGAGUGACGAUAUGCGGGAGGAGCGCGAGGAGUUGAAGGAGGCGGCGGAGCAGACGUUGAACGUUAUCGUGGAUUUGGAUCUCGAUGGCCGUAUUAAAUGGGUCAGUCCGUCUUGGAGACAAGUGGUGGGCACAUCGCCGGAUUCGCUAGAGGGUCGAUUGAUUUCGGAUUUCCUGGUCGACAACGCGAAUGCCUUCCACGACGCCAUCCAGUCCAUGAAGGAGGAUGAUUCGCGCAGUCGCUUUAUUCGCUUCGCGGUACGGAUGGGGCCCGAAUCAAUUCUGAGAUACUCGCCAGAAUCUCGGCCCUUGGAAGCGGAAACAAGCGACGGUAGCGAGGAGGACCAACUGCCGGAGGGUAUCGAGAACAAUCAUGACAUCUUGAAUAUGGAAGGACAGGGAAUCAUGGUGUUUGAACGCACACCUAAUGGAGCCGGUCAUACUAUGUGGAUGCUACGGCCGUUCAGUCAACCGCGGGAAGUUACUAUUGAUCUGCCUCCUCUGCUGGUGGAAUCUCUAGGUGUCGGAGCGGAAGUGUUGGCGAAUUACUUGACGAUCUUGGCUGAAGCGGCUGCGAACGAACCCGAUCCCUCGAAAUAUCCUGCUCCCACUCCGAUCCUAUGCCGUAUCUGUGAGCGUCAGAUCACACCCUGGUGGUUCGAGAAACACUCCGAUCUCUGUCUUCAGGAGCACAGAGCAGAAAUGGACGUGCAGAUCGCCCAGGAGAAUCUCAACGAGCACCGGCACGCCAUUGUCAAGGUCCUCGAUGCGCUUGAAGCUCGACAAAGCAGGCCUUUAGCGGGCGAGGGUGCAUCGUUACCAGCUCAGCCAGAGUAUAAAGGCCUCCCAAUUGGUCCGUCACCGACUGUUUCAGCGCCCUCCUCCGGAAACGUGUCGAGUUCGAGCUCGGCCCCAGGCACUCCCCCCAGGUCCCGCGAUCAAUCAGUCUCAGACGGUGGACAUCAUUCACGCGGUCGAUCGUUUGCCGUCAGGCGGCCGUUAACCCGGAUCGUCGAAUUGAUCCUUGACUUGUGUGAUACGGCGCUGGAAAUCAACAUGCCCGUGAUCAAGGAACCCCGGGGUGACAGCACGGACGACUUCCGUACGCUUUCACCCCAGUCCGAAUCGCGAAUGUGCCAGGUGCUACAGUGGCAUUCUCCAAGUUCCAAUACCCUGGAACAGGAGCAAGGCCUGGCUGCCUUGAGCGCUGAUACGGAGCAGGUCUCCAAAGCAAAAGUGGACGCCGUUAUACGCCAUCGCAAGAUCGUCGAAUACGCAGAACGGAUUCGGAUUGAGUACACCGUGAUGGUGGAGGAUUGUAUAACGGCCGCACUCAGCAAAGCGGAACGUAUUGCCGCUGGUCAGCUGAGCGAUUCUUCGUGCUCCUCGGAAGAUGAACUUCCACUGGAAGACAUUACCGCGGUUCCUGCAAUCACCGACCCUGCGACAGUUCCACUGGCUUCUCCAGCGUCAUCGCAAGCCUCGACACAUCGGUCGAGUCAGCCUAUGUCUGCGCUGACUAUGUCCAUGCGCAACGCAUCGGAACGUUUUCCACUUCCUCAUCCUGAAGGAAGGUCCUCAUCGGUUGCCGUCUCCACAGGAUCCAACAGCCCCAUGGAAUGUCCCACCCCCCGCUCGCAUAAGAGUGCCGCCGGCUUGUUGGGCACGUCUCAACCUUCGCGUCGGGGACUAUCUAUGGUAGACCUCGAUGCGGGCGAGAUGAGCGAUAGCAGUGUCCUCUCGUCUGCCUUCCCAGGAGCCGUACGAACCGAAUCCCCAUGCUCGGAUCGGAGUAUGGACAGAAAACGCAGGAGCCUGGUGCUCCCAGGGCUUUCUAGUUCUCCUCGGCGCCAGCACUCUCCCGCCAGAAUGUCUAACCCCCACUCUCCGUUGCGCAUGCCAAAACCCCGAAUGUCCAGCGGCGCCGAGAGCCUUCCCUCUCCCAUCGUCUCGCCCUCCACCCACGCCAGCGAACUAGCACAUUAUCACUACCGCCAUCAUCGACGUCAGUCCUCUGCGACUUCGUCCGACGUGACAAAACCGCCCGUUUCGCCUCACCUGACGUCCGCCAGCCAGCCCCAACCCCGUCCAGCGCCUCCCUCAAUCAAAGAUUUCGAGAUCAUCAAGCCGAUCAGCAAAGGGGCAUUUGGAAGUGUGUACCUAUCCAAGAAGAAGACAACAGGGGAGUAUUUCGCCAUCAAGGUGCUCAAGAAAGCGGAUAUGGUCGCCAAGAAUCAGGUCACCAACGUCAAGGCUGAGCGCGCGAUCAUGAUGUGGCAGGGCGAGAGCGAUUUCGUCGCCAAGCUUUAUUGGACAUUUUCGAGCAAGGACUAUCUCUAUCUGGUGAUGGAAUACUUGAAUGGGGGCGACUGCGCAUCGCUCGUCAAGAUCCUGGGCGGGCUCCCGGAAGACUGGGCCAAGAAGUACAUAGCUGAGGUAGUUCUCGGGGUGGAACACCUUCAUGGUAGAGGCAUUGUUCACCGUGACUUGAAGCCGGACAAUUUGCUUAUUGACCAGAAGGGACAUCUCAAGCUGACCGACUUCGGUUUGUCCCGUAUGGGGCUCGUGGGACGUCAGAAGCGCGUCCUCAAAAGUAUGAACGAGCCGGCCCCGGACCUUCUCAAGCAGGGGCCCUUCCCUCGUGCAACGUCGAUUGCGUCUUCCCGAUCAGCGUCGUUUGAUUUUCAGGCCCCCGGGUCCCCAGGAUCAACACCGCAGAUUACCCCGGACCUUGCCGGAAGCUUGAAUCAGCCAUCGUAUUUUAGUCUCAACCAGAGCGGGCUUAGUCGGCAAACCUCGCGCCGGGCGUCGGGUUAUCGCAGUGACAGUGGUGGCAGUGAGAACCUGAACGCGAUAUUUCGCAAUUUUUCCCUUUCUGAGCCCCACGAGACAUCGAAUUUUUUACCACCGUCCUCCUUGCCUGUUCCGGUGCCUGUCCCGAGCCGUCUGCCCGAAGAGGACUACCACAGUGAGAUAGGGGAGUCUCCUCGCUUGUUUCCGCUUCAACCGACAUUAAGCAACUCGGCCCCGUAUGGGACUCCGCCACAACAGUCCAUGAUGCCACCUCUGAUGGCCCUGUUCGAUCCAGAUGAUCACAACCGGCGCUUCGUUGGAACACCAGACUAUCUAGCACCGGAAACGAUCAAUGGACUGGGCCAGGAUGAGAUGGGCGACUGGUGGUCCCUUGGCUGCAUCAUGUUUGAGUUUCUCUUUGGCUAUCCUCCUUUCAACGCCUCGACGCCCGAUGAAGUAUUCGACAACAUCCUCCAUCGUCGAAUCAACUGGCCGGAGGAAGCGGAAGAAUUGGCGUCCCACGAAGCCAUCGAUCUCAUGAACAAACUCAUGACGAUGGAUCCACGGGAGCGCAUUGGGGCCAAUGUCGAAGAGAAAUAUCCAAACGGAGGAACUGAGAUUCGCAGCCAUCCUUGGUUCUCGGAUAUCAACUGGGAAACCUUGCUGGAGGAUCAAGCGCAGUUUGUCCCCAAUCUUGAAAACCCUGAGGAUACUGAGUAUUUCGAUGCCCGCGGUGCUACCCUCCAACCUUUCGCUGAGGAAUUGGAGGAAGGGCCAUCAUCACAACCCGCCACCACAGCGGAUCGCCCGCAUGACGCACUGUUCAAGGUGCGCUCACAGGUGAACUCAAUGAAGCGACCUUUGAUGCCUCUCCACAUUCCACCCCAUGUCCGUGACUCACGGAGUAGAAGACUGAGCGAACCAACCCCGGCAGACGAUUUUGGCAGUUUUUCCUUUAAGAAUCUUCCGAUGCUCGAGAAGGCCAACAAAGAUGUCAUUCAGAAGCUACGUCAAGAGGCAAUGCAGGCUCAACAGCGCCAAUACGCAGCUACGGCCUCUCAGCCAAACACGCAACCUCAGGGACCUACGCCGCCGCCGCCGCCGCCGUCAUCCGGCCCCUCCCUCGAGGGCAGCCCUUUGCCGAUGCCGUUGCAGCGGACGCUAUCACAGAACAAGGGGAAUAACCGACCAUCUUCGCCUUCAGGUCUGAGUCAGGCGAACUCGUCCCCAAGCCGUCCUUCCCAGCCUUCAUCGCCUCUGCUGGUGCAGUUCAGCACCGGCAACAACCAUGAGCGCAGAAAGACCUCCGGUUCUUCCUCCACAACCAACUCUCUCCCAUCCAGCGGGUCCUUCGCUGCUGGAGGUGGGGAUCAGAGUCGUAUGGCAAGCAUUAAACGAGGCUCCAGUGCAUCUUCGCCCAUCAAGACUAGCCGAGCCGGAACCCAUUCACCAGACAAAACACCAUCUGGCCAAAGACAUGGCAGUGUUCCUACGACGCGAACACGAUCGCAGACGAUAGGCUCUCAAGAUGGCGAAUUGUCGUCCUCGCUCGCCAAGGAAUCAUAUGUUGCCGGCCACUACAAGCGUCGCAGCCAGCUGUUCGAUAUCUCGCCCUCCUCGUCGGACAAUGAGGACCCACGCACCAAAGCGCUGCUCAAGGUCCAACGCCGUCGGCACAGUUCACGGCGUCUUUCACAGAUCAGUGUUCUUGAUGGCCCAUUCUUCCGGCCAUUGGACGUGCUUAUCUGUGAAGAUCAUCCUGUCUCGAGGAUGGUGAUGGAGCGCUUGUUCGAGAAGCUACGGUGCCGUACAAUCACAGCCGUAAAUGGUGCCGAGGCAAUGCGCUAUGCCCUUAGUGAAGUCCAGUUUGAUAUCAUUAUGACGGAGUUUAAGCUGCCUCAGGUGAACGGAGCAGAUAUCGCGCGUAUGGUACGGGAGACCCGUAGCGCCAACCGACAUACUCCAAUUGUCGCGGUUACUGGCUAUCUACAGGACUUCCCCGAGACUCAUCACUUCGAUGGCCUGAUUGAGAAACCGCCGACCUUGACGAAGCUGACCGAGGCGUUGUGUAAAUUCUGUCAGUGGAAGCCGCCACCAAAGGACUAUAGCCCCUCGCAACCGCUCGCUGGCCAGCCAUCCGCGCUUCGACAUACUGCUCUUGUAACCAACGCGGAGCACAGCCCAAGUUCCACAACGUCCUCCGGUUUCGCAGUGGUUCCCUCGAGCUCGUAUCAGGGCUCUAGUCGGGCGGAUUCCAUCGGCAGUAGUUAUUUUGGCGAUGUGGAUUCCAUCAAAGCCGACGAUGCUCCUAUCGUUGUAAGCCGUCAGAAUGAUGAAUGGAUGAGCGGUCAACAGGGUGGCCUCGGCAUUUCAGACGAGUCUAUGCCGAAAGAAAAUCCCAGUACGGAGGCUACUUCUACUGCAUCUAGUCCGACGCCAGUUCCACAUCUGAUUCACGCUGUCUCAGCUCCCGCUGCUAUAGACCCUUCCAGUAAUGUGACGCCUCGCAAGCAACGAUCGAGCGAGUCCAUUAAGGCGAAGAGACAGUCGAUGGAAAAGAAGCGGUAUGAGUGCGCGGAGUCUGGCGAUGACGAAGACGAGGAGCUUGGCCACGCUCAUGUGCGAACGCCCAGUUCACGGUCCCGAUCUCACCGCCCCGUCUCCAAGUUGGGAAUCGAGAUGAUGAGGACGAAUAGCCGGGGCAGCGUCGUCAGCGGCAGCGAGGAAUUGCUCAAGAAGGAACGCGAGGCGAUGGAACGAAGCCGGAACGCUGAGUCGGAAAAUGCCAUUGAAAGCGGUGAUGAUCCGAUGUCAUCAUCUCCUAGCCGAGCGAUGCAAGAUCGCUUCGAGAGGCUCGCAAUCACCGAGGAUACCAUCGCGGAGCGGACGGAGGAAGAACUUAGCCCGGCGUCUUCGCCGCUGUCUCACGAGGUUGAGCUGGGCGCAACCACCGCCAUGCCUCUUCGUCAGAAAAGACCAUCCUGUUCGCAACACGACACGGGCGUGACUGAGAUCUACACCGGGCCUGAGAACACCUCUUCUGCGCUGGACGCCAGUACGGAAACUCUAAAGAAAGGCCAGAAUACACCUCCUAUUGUCCUCACCCAAGACGAUGAGUCAAGUGCUUCCGUCACCAACCCACACACGCCCUUGAACAAACCAGCCAAAGACACCAUCAGCCUUGAUCCUGACAGCGAUCCGACUGCUGAUUCCGAAACCACGCCUCGACCUCUCCACACGCCGUCUCCGAGAUGGGACUUUGAUCAUACGCCGAGGCCAUUCGAGCGAUAG